CACGUCUAAUCCGAGUAAAAUUGCAUUUUCUUUAAAAUAUUUUUCGAUAUGAAGUCUUAUUUUUUAAUUUCAUGUUGAUGAACAUGGAUCAAGCAUCGCCGUUUAUUACAGUCUCGUAUCGAAGUUUUUUCCUCGCUAGCUUAGCUUGUUAGCUGCUAACAAAGAGACGCGAAAGUUAGCAUCACAUGCUAAGUCCUGGUAAAUGUUUGAAAAUGUGUUUCAAACUCAAAUAGUGUCGGCGAACAAGAAACAAACCGCGUCUAGUGAGGACAUGUUUGUGGCGUUGGAAAGAACGAUAGCAGAGUACGAGAAGGAACUUUCUCGAACAAAAGAGGACAACGAGCUACUGGACGCUGUUUCCAAACCAUAAUGGAGUCACGCAGAGCAGACGUCAGUGAGGAAGCUCUUCCCUCUGGGCAGCAUCGGUGGAGCCCCGGGGUCAAGCAGCACUUUAAAGAGGAAGAGUUGCAGCCAGGGCCCCAUUACAUUAAAGAAGAGGAGGAGCUAGAGCUGCCAAACAUAAAAGAGGAGGAGCCACAGCCACCCCACAUUAAGGAAGAGGAGGAGGAGCACAGCAUCAGUCAGCAGGAUGCUGACGUCAGCAAGUUUCCAGUGAUCGUGAAGAGCGAAGAUGACAAAGAUGAACCUCGGUGGUCCCAGCUUGAUCACAGCCCGAGUGAGGAGAAGAGAGGAUCACAAGCAGACAGCCUCUUAGCUCCGCUGUCAGAUAGCGACGACACAACGUCGCAAUCACCGGACACUGAUGAUGAAGACUCUACAGCUGACAACAAACGCUUUAAGUCCUCGUGCAAAAGAGAACAAAUAUUUAGCUGCUCGUUUUGCGCGAAAACGUUUCCCCAAAAGACACAUUUGAUGGCUCACACAAGAACGCACACUGGUGAGAAACCAUUCUGCUGCCCGUUUUGCGACAAACCCUUCUCGGAAAAGGCCCAUUUGAUAGCGCAUACGAGAACACACACGGGGGAAAAGCCCUUCUUCUGCUCUUUCUGCGAUAAGAGAUUCUCCACGAAGGGCCAGCUGAUGUCGCACACAAGGACGCACACCGGAGAGAAACCGUUUUCCUGCCCGGUCUGCGGCACGGACUUCGGCGAUAGCUCGGCGUUGGCCCGGCACAUGAGAACGCACACGGACGUCGGCGUGGAAGAUCUUCCUCCUGAGCAGCAGGAUUGGAGCUCCAGGGUGGAGCAGGAGGAGCCACAGCCCCCCAACAUGAAAGAGGAAGAGGAGGAGCAAGUGCGGGCUCAGGAGGAUGCGGACACCAGCAAGUUUCCCGUGACUGUGAAGCGUGAAGAUGGUGGAGACUCUAAAGGUGAAAAGACGUGUCCUACUGACAACAAACACUUCAAAUGUCCUCAAUGUGACAAAAGGUUUGGUGACAAGCGGCACUUAAAAAGACACAUGAGGUGUCACACGGAGGAAAAACCCUUCCGUUGUUCUUUUUGUGAUAAAAGAUUCCCUCGAAAUGAACAUUUGAUAUCGCACACGAGAACACACACCGGCGAGAAGCCGUUUUCGUGUUCGGUCUGCGCUCAAACGUUCUCUCACAAAUCAAAUUUGACGACACACAUGCGGCGACACACGGGGGAAAAACCUUUUUCCUGCUCGGUUUGCGGCGAAAGAUUCUCUCGAAAAGUCAGCCUGGUGAUACACACCAAAACACACACCGGGGAGAAGCCCUUCGGCUGCGCGUAUUGCGCUAAAAUGUUCUCCCUGAAGGAACAUUUGGUCACACACACACGCACGCACACGGGAGAAAAACCCUUUUCCUGCGUGGUUUGCGCGACGAGCUUCAGUGACCGCUCGGCGUUUACGCGACACACACGGACACACACGGGGGAGAAGCCCUACUCCUGCUCGGUGUGCGGCAAAAAGUUCUCUCUGAAGGCUUAUUUGAUGGAACACGCAGGAACGCACACUGGAGAGAAACCGUUCUCAUGUUCAGUCUGCAAUGCAAGGUUUAGUUUCCGCUCGGCCCUGGUUCGACACGCCAGGACGCACACCGGAGACAAAUCGGUCAGUUGUAAGGUCUGUGAUAAAAAAUUCUGUGAUAGGAAGCGGCUAAGCAAACACGAGUGUGUUGGAUGUGAAGGCGCAGAAAAAUAUUCUCAGGGCAUUGAAUCGACGAGCUAGGACAAAUGCCUCCGUGUUGCACUUCACGCACCCUUUUUAAUAAUAAGAAUUGCCGUUUUUUUGUCAUUAUUCCCUUCAAAACACUUUUUCUGCUUGUAUGCGCUCAGUGUGCACGUUUUGACACAAUCACGCACCACGGCUCAGCAACGUCACCGCCGCACGGCAGCAUAAGUGGAUUUUAAAAAGUACCGGUAUUAUUCCAAAGCUUGAGUACCUUUUUUAAUUCAUAAAUACCGCGGUACUUUAUUAGUAGCGGUGUACCGUACAACCCUAUAGUCCCACCAUUACACAAUUACACACCCGGCAGCAAUGGAGUUAACGGUUGAAAUGGUUUUUUUCCAUUCAUCAUGCUUCGGUUGAUGAAUAAACGAAAAACUACAUGAAGAAGAAGUUGUUGUCUCUUGUGAAUUUUUUGAAGCCAAGUAACGUUAAUGUUUUCACAAGAUUUUCUUCAGUAUUUUAGUGUAACACUAGCUAGCGUGGCUAUUGUUACAAACUAACGUGUAACAUAUGCAGAAAUUGAGGAAUUUUCUCUGAAGGGCUGGAUUCAUAGGCGCUACCCCUCGUUAUGCCCACGACCCCUACAUACAAAGGGUCAUUGGGACAC